UUCGACGUCGACGGCGACGGCUGGAUCGACUUCGACGAGUUCAUUUUAGCGCUCAAGCGCAUGGACAAGGACGACGACCCGACGAAGCAGCUCAAGUUCAUCUUCGACAUGUUCGACGAGUCGCGCGACGGCGAGGUCGAGCUCUGGGAGGUGAGCGACGCCAUCGAGGACCACCGCAAGGACAUCGCGGACAUGGCCAAGUACUGCCGGGGCCUCGCCGCGUCGCUCGACGUCAACGGCGACGACAAGAUCAACAUCACGGAGUUCCGCCAGUCCCUGAAG